GUCCGUAGAAAGUGGUGAGUGGAACUGUCACUCGGUUGUGCAUCUUUCACCAUGGUUGACACGCGCAGCGGUAAGAGUACCACCCCAUACACCAAAGAGCAAGAAGAGAAGGCCGCCGCCAUCCUGAGAGAGAGGAAGGAGAAGAUGGAGAAGAGGGAGCUUAUUAAGCAGACGAAGAUGCCGGCCUUGAUAGAGGAGCAAAAGGCCAAGCAGAAGCAAAUGGAGGAGCUUCAGAAGUGGAAAAAGGAACAGGAGGAGAAAUUGGCGGCAAUAGAGUCAGAGACAGAAGAAGAAGAAGUAGAGCAACCAUUGGAAAGGAGAAGAGUGGAAGAGAGAGGGGAGUCCAGUGGAGUGCGGGGGACAAAAGUCAAGAUGGAGGCGGAAUCUAAGAUGGAGAGGAUGGUGAACGAGUGGGUAGCCAACUUAGCCCCGGGGGAGGAAGAUGAAGCAUUGUUGCUUGUCCCUCUGGCGGAGCGGGAACAAUUUGCUCGGGAAUUGGAGGGUGAAGAGAAUCCCAGGAAGCGGCAGGCAAUGGAGGAGGAGAAGAAGUUAGAGUGGAAACUACGCCUUGCCUGCAAGAAGAAAAGAAGACUGGAGGCGGCCAAGAAAAUGGACGAGGAUUUGAUCCUUGUGGCCUUUCAUGCCCUUAAAGAUGGAGCAGUUAGUUUUGCCAGAUCGUUAGCCCGCGCUGCCAAGUGCGAGAAUGGCAUGGUCGCAUACUGCAUCCUUACCCCCCUUAGUGAAUUCCUCAGUGCCCUGUGAGAGCGUUUCACAGAUGUCACCAGGGGCCUCAAGGCCUCUGACAAGUUGCAAAUUGUC